AUGUAAUGAAACUUAUUCAGACAUUUUAUCUUCAAGCUCCGAACUAAAAGAUUCAUCAAUGGAGUUUUUGGGUGUUCUAACACCAGCUUAUCCUUCGAAGCUUUCUCUAAUUAGGACCUCUCCUUCAAUGGCUAUCUCUGCAACUCCACUUUUAUCUCUGUCAUGUGCAUCCAUGGCUUCUCCUUCAGAAAGAAAAACACCCACUUCAAGAAAAAUAUAUUCAAAAACUGCAUCUCUCACAAUACCAACAGCAACAACACUAAGUAAUUCAGACACAAGCACCACUGUAACUCCAAAGAAGGUUCUGGUUCCAAUUGGGUUUGGAACAGAAGAAAUGGAAGCAGUUAUUAUAAUUGAUGUUCUACGUCGAGCUGGUGCAGAGGUGGUUGUGGCCUCAGUGGAGCCACAGCUUGAGAUUCAAGCUGCUGGUGGCAUUACAUUGGUUGCUGAUACCUCUAUUUCCACCUGUUCUAAACAAGUUUUUGAUCUUGUGGCUUUACCGGGAGGAAUGCCCGGUUCAGCAAGGUUAAGAGACUGUCAGAUUCUCCAACAAAUCACAAGCAAACAAGCUGAGGACAAGAGGUUAUAUGGGGCGAUUUGUUCUGCACCAGCUGUCACACUCCUUCCAUGGGGCCUUCUAAAAAGAAAGAAGACAACUUGUCACCCUGCAUUUAUGAGCAAGCUUCCGACGUUCUGGGCUGUUAAAUCAAAUAUUCAAGUUUCAGGAGAGCUUACGACUAGUCGUGGCCCUGGAACUUGUUUUGUGUUUGCUUUAUCAUUGGUCGAGCAGAUGUUAGGGGAGUCAAUUGCCAAGGAUGUUGGAGAGUUGUUGCUGAUGCAUACUGCAGAUGAUAUGCGUAGGAAGGAUGAAUUUAAUGAAGUUGAUUGGUCUCUUGACCACAACCCCCGUGUUCUCAUUCCCAUUGCUAAUGGUUCUGAAGUGAUUGAAAUAGUAACUAUUGUAGAUAUAUUACGGCGAGCAAAUGUGGAUGUUGUGGUUGCUUCACUUGAAAAAUCUAGGCAAGUUGCAUCUCUGGGCACAAAAAUGAUUGCUGACAAGCUAAUUGGUGAUGCUGCUGAAUCGAUAUAUGAUCUCAUAAUUCUUCCGGGAGAAAUUGCCGGGGCUAAGCGACUACAGAAAUCAAGGAUUCUGAAGAAGUUGCUCAAAGAACAAGGUGCAGCUGGAAGAGUAUAUGGAGCACUUUGCUCUUCUGUGGCAGUUCUACAGAGUCAGGGAUUACUCAAGGAUAAGAGAGCCACCGGACAUCCUUCCAUUCUAAGCCAGCUUACGAAUGAAGUUGUAGAUGGUGCUAAAAUAGUUAUUGAUGGUAACGUAAUCACCAGCAAGGGACUUGCUACAGUGACAGAUUUUGCAAUGGCUAUUGUGAGCAAGCUUUUUGGCCAUGCUAGGGCUAGAAGCGUAGCAGAAGGCCUCGUUUUGGACUAUCCUAGGAUUUAAGCUAUAUGUCAAACUGAAGGCGGAAAUCGAUGAAGACUGUAUGAACUACCAAAAAAUUUAUAUCAGCCAGUGAAGGAUAUAAAUUAGUUGGCAUUUUCAGUCGGAGAUUUUCAUAAUUCGUGCAAGUCCAAGCUCGUACCGGAGUUUCUGAAGUCGGUUUGCAGUGAAGCUAACGUGUCAAGAUACCUGUAAAAAUUGCAGAACACUUUCAGGGCAAUUAGUGAGUAGUAUUGAAAUUAUAAGUGGUUAAUGUAACACAUUUUGCAGUUUGGUACUUAAACUUCCAAUUUUCAUCCAAUUAUUUAAGGUGAUUAUUGAUAACAAA